AUGUUGGCUAAAACGUGUGUACAUCGUGUCGAUCCAUCAUUUUCUAUUAGGCAAUAUCCAAAGAAUGACACGCAUCUUGUUACGAUUGGUUGGGGUACAAUGACUUCAGAAAGUUCAGAAUCAGCCGAUCAUCUCCAACAAGUUCAAGUUUAUGCAAUAGUCAAUCACGAUCCAAACUGUUCUGGUUCAAUCAAUAAUAUUGAUAUGCAAUUCUGUGCCGGAUUGUAUGAAGGAGAAAAAGUUUCUAAUAUUGAUAUUUCCAAUUCUAAAUUGGAAACUAUUGGUAAAAAUAAUGAUCAAUCAAUAUCUGAUAUGCCUACAACACAAUUUAUUAAUGAUGAAAAUGUGACAUUAUUGAGUGCUAAAGUCAUAUUUCGAGGUAUUAACCUUUGGUCAAAUAAUGUACGUAUACGUGAUGGUACAGCAAAUUUUAUUGCACAAAAUUUAUCUGAUCCAAAUAAUUCCUUAUUACCAUCAACUGUACAACUUAAACUUUAUUAUACACCACCAGAUAUUGAUAAACAACUUGCUACAAUAAGACAUGAUGAUACCGUUGAAUUGAUCGAUUGGAGAAAUAUAUUUGAUGACGAAGGCCGACAUGGUGGUCAUCGACAUAGAUAUGUGCAUUCAAAACAUGAUGGUCGAUUAACAAAACUUCGUAGAAAAUUAGCCGGUCGUGCAGAUGAUGCUGAUACUGAUACAGGUAGUGAUUCAGAUUUUGAAGUAGUUCAAGAUUCUGAAAAAAAAUUUGAAACGGUUGAUAAAAAUGCAAAAAUAAAAAUGCAACAUAAUGACAUAGAAUUAUUGGAAAAAAGUUUGGGUCGAUAUGUUGGUGAUGUAUAUGAAAUGAUCGAAUGGCAACUUAUGGUACAUAUUAUACAAGCACGAGAUCUUCCAGGAUUUAAUAUUAGUCCAUAUGUUAGUGUUCAAAUCGAUAAUCAAAAACGAUAUACAAGUGUACAAAAAUCUUCUAAUUCACCAUAUUUUCGUGAAUUCUUCACAUUUGAUUUUACGCUACCAGCUACAAAAUUUAUGGAAAAAGUUAUUAUUAUCAAAGUUCAUGAUGCCGUUACAAUAAUUAGUACAUUUACAGAUACAGCACCAAUCGGAAUAUUUCGAUUGGAUAUAUCAACAGUAUAUAAUGAAAAAGAACAUGCAUUUGAACGAAAAUGGGCUCAAUUGGUUAAUCCGGAAAAUAUUGCAUCGCCUUGUGGUCAUUUACUUCUUUCAAUAUCUGUUACACAACGUGGUGUUUCAACGAAAAAUGUUGUCAGUGAAGAUGUACAUGACAAUGAUGAAUUUAAACCAUCGUAA